AUGGCAAUAAUACCAACACAAACACAAACAACAAUCACACGAGCACAAACAACAAUCACACUGGCUGAAGAAGAGCGGGAGGUGAAAAAGCAAGCGCAGGCAAAGGCAGGACGAGCAAAGAGGCAAACCAGAGACGAGGCUCAUCAUGUGCUCGUGCGCGCUGCAAAUAUUCAAAUGAUCCGCAACAUGCCAGAGACUGACGCCACCCUCACCAAACGCCCAGAACGCAAGGGUGGAAUUGUUGUUGAGGAUGAUAUGAGGGCUCCUUUCACAUUACAGGAUUAUGUGAAAGUUGGAGCUGAUUUUCGUCCAGGGAUGAAUCGUCAUGGGAAUUGCUGUGACUGCUUGUACUUGGUGGAUUGUAAUGUCACUGGAUCGUCAGAAGGGACCCCUGAUGAUCCAAAGUUUGUACUGAAGAAGUUGUUUGAGCAUCACAUCUUUCAAAAGUUGGAUGGUCUUGUGGCGACAGGAGGACAAUACGAAGUGUACAUUCCUGUUAUUCAAGGUGACAAUGCAGGGCCGCAUGCUGAAAAAGAAUACUUUAAUUGGUGCAAGGCUCAAUGUGAACAACGUGGCUGGCACUGGGAGCCGCAAGUUCCACAAAUGCCGCAUAUGAACAACUUAGACUUGUCAGUAUUCCCCUGCAUGUCGAGACGUCAUUGUGCAGCCGCAAGAGAGAGGGGAGGGCUCCAUGUUUUGAAACAGGACGGAAUUUGGGAUGCAGCAGAGGACGUUUGGAGAACACUUCCUUGCAUUGGAAGGGGGGAACGAUUUUGUUGGAAACAAGAUAGAGAAUGGCAUUCAUUGUGA